UCUGCGAAUCCAAAAACAAAAAAAAACUUCUUCUUCUUCUUUUCGCCAUUAACACCUGAAAGAAAUGAGAUAAGAGAGAACAAAACCAAAAAUAAUGGUGGGACUAAGUAUUGUUUUGGAGAUGACUAACAACAACAACAACACUCUCAACAGUGACGGUGGCUUAAUUAUUAGUCCUAAAGUCGUCAACAAAGCCAACGUUAUCGUCACCACCACCGUGACGACGGACACGACUAAUCUCCGUCGUUGUUAUCAAGAUUCUGGAUUUCUCGAACAUUGUUUUCUCUGUAGAAGAAAACUUCUUCCUGCGAAAGAUAUCUACAUGUAUAAAGGUGAUAGAGCGUUUUGUAGCGUGGAGUGUAGAUCGAAGCAGAUGAUUAUGGACGAAGAAGAAAGUUUGAGAAGAGAGUAUUGUUCGUUAAUGGAUGUUAAGAAGAAGAAAUCUGAAUCUCCGGCGACGGCGCCGUCGCGUUACCGCCGAGAUCCGAGAAACCUAGCAGGCGGUUUCGCUUACUGAAGCAGAGAGAAUCGCAAAGACUGAAAAAGUUGUGUGGUUUUGACUUUUUUACCCUUAGGCUAAGUUUUGUCGUUUUGUUUAAUAACGUGUAAAGCCGAGAGGGUGUUUUGGGUAUUUCAGAGCUUUUUUUGCAUAUCUAUGGGAGCCCCUAGUAAAAUAUUUUAAUUAAGUUUAGUAUUUAACUAUUUAUUUUAUCUGAUUGAGACCUUUCUGAGUUCAUUAAGUUUAAUGUUGAUGGAACUAACUUA